AUGACUACUUUACCAAAGAAGGACGAUUUCAACUUGAAGUCCAAAGAUGAAGAGAAACAGAUGGUGGAUUUCACAAAUGCUCUUCAAGACAACAUGAAGAAGGUUGUUCCCAAUUUAAAGAAGCUCAUCGACUCCCUUGAAGCUUAUAGUAAUUCCGAAAUUGCUUUGAACCAACAAACAGCAAAAGUGAUAACGGCACUUGAUGGGAUAGCAGAGACUGGGAUGGGGGAUUUCGACUCCGGUAUAAAAAUAGUCCGAGACAUUUUGACUGAUUUGUACUCCGGCCGUUCUCAACUGAACACACAAGGCACUUCCAUGUUAAUUGAAGGACUCAAGCGGGAACAUGCCCAACGCCAGAAAGAAGUCCAAACGUUGAAUUCUGACAUUCUUCGUGAGCGGAAGAAGUGGGACAGUGACUUGUCCAAUGCAGAGAAGCGGACUGCCAGUGCCACAGAUGUGAAAGUUGCAAUAGAAGAGUUUAAAAAGAUUGAAAAAGAGCGACAACAAGCUUUAAUGGUGCAUUUACAACUCACCGUCUUCUCUAAUAGAGGAACUUUUGGAUCAAUUAUUGGACUCUUUGGCGAGUUCUUUAAAGCAACUGGAAAGUCUUUAACUAAUUCAGGGGAGAGAUUUACUUACAACCAGCCGCACUUAGAGAAAUUAUCGAAGUCCAAGUCGAACAUCCCAAGAGAAUUACGAAACUUGAUGGAGAGUAAAAAGCAGUCGUAUGUCAAUCUCUCUGGCUUAUCCUCUGAACUUAAGCAGAUCCUUAAAAAUGCCGGUUUACGUCCAAGUAAUUUAGCUGAUAAAAAAGUCGUCACUACAUUGUACAUCUUAAUUAAGGACAGAGUAGAUAUGGGACAACUCCCUUAUGACUUGUUGGACCAACUGAAAUCAACUGGUAAUGUCGACGACCAACAAGUCAGACAACAUAUACAAGAACAAAAGAAAGUGGCUUCGGCUCCUAAAGGAUGGGUCAACGCUCGUGUACCAGGCAAGAAGAAAGUCACUAAAAGUACUCCACCUUCUACAUCUUCCCAAAACUGUGGACAUCAAACUCAACAAAUCCAAAAACCUAAUAAUUGUAAUCAAACAGCUCAAGUCCCACCUCCUGUCCCACCACCUCAUCAAGCUAAAUCCGGCUUCGGAGCCGUUAGAACAGGCGCACCUCCUAAAGCUACCUUCGGUCAAUCUACCAAACCACACCAACAACCUCCACUACCACAAAAUCAAGUACAAGAUUUACCACUCCCUCCACCUAAUGACUUGGCCCCACCUCCAGAUCUAUUACCACCUCCUCCAGGAUUGGCUCCUCCACCAGCUAAUAUGCCACUCCCAAAAAUGCCUCCACCCCCACCAACAUCUGCACCAGGGAUUGCAGCUGCUCCAGCUAAGAGUCAACCAAGUCUAUUGGAACAAAUUUCACAGGGAACGAAAUUGAAGAAGGUGACGGAAAGAGUAGACCCUCCAAAGGAACAAAUGACUGACCAGAUGAAGGGAGACUUGACAAGUUUGUUAUCCAACGUCAUGGCAGCGAGAAGAAAGGAUAUUGCAGAUGAUGAGGAAUCUGACGACGAAUCAGAAGAUUGGGAUGACUAA